UCGCUGCGAGGUUUGAUGUCGCCGAAAUGGUAGCGUGGACGUGGGGAGAGGGACAGGGAGGUCAGCGGCGUGGGCCGUGCGGGAAGGUACCUGCACAAAGCCAUGGGCUCUGCGGAAGGGAGGUUGACCUCGGCACGAGGUUUAAUGCACAAACCCAUGUGUACAUCCUUGGCUUUGAGCUUGGCUGGUGGCACGGGGGAUUCCAGAUCAGGAAAGAGAAAAGGAACCUCAUUGAGAUGGCCUGGAAGGGAGUCUCAGACACAUUCUGUGUGGCCAGGGAGGCUUCCGAAAUUGUUCCAUUGCAGUCUGGAGUGCGAGGAAAAAGGGCAAGAGAGGAGGUGGAAGCAUUGCUUUCCAUCGGGGGGUUUAACCUUCCCGGGGUUGUGCUGAAGGCAGGACUGGAGCAAACGUAGGUUUGAAAGAGCUUCUGCAAUAGAUGAAUUUAGGAACGUGGCACCUUAUGGUUCGUCUGAAGGGAAAAGUGAAGUAGAGUCACUCAGAGCAGGAGUCACCCACGCGAAGAAAAAGCUGUUUGAGGACGGGACUCACUCAGCAAAGGAGGAGUGGGAUAAGGAGUUUAUUUGGGUCUAGGACAGAAACUUGUCUUCAUGCCAAUGGUCCAGCGUCUCCUUCCGAUGUCCCGCAACUGAGAUCCCGUGUUCAGUACACAUUAAAUUCACUCUCAAGGAGCUGAGACAGCGCCAGCGGCACAUCCCGCAGCCUGCAGACCGUGGGGCAGAGCGGCGAGCGCUUCCCGGGCGGCUCCCGGGCCAGGUCGCCAUCCCCGUCUGCCCGAGGAGAAGGAGGUCUUGCAGCCUCCCCUAUUCCAAGAUGAAGCGAUGCGCUCGUGCCUCGGUGCCGGUGUCCUAGGAGGGGACAGAAGCUGCCUGGUGUCUCCUUCCCUGCCCUGUGCUGAAGCGAUGGCGCUGGCGCCGGAGCAGUUUCUCGCCGGGACGGCUCAUGGACGGCGCUUCCAGCGCAGUCGGUUGCGGCAGCGCCUGAGUUUGCAGAGCGAGAGGAGAACAGACCUGUUGUUUCCCGACCGGCAGCACCAGGAUAAGGAGAGAGAAGAGCAGUGAAGACAGCAGAAGAGAUCCAAUGUGGUUCUCCACCCCUAAGGGGAAUAUUUAAGGAGAGGUUGCACACACGGAUGCGGAGCCGCUCAUGUGAGCGUGAUCCUGGACAUCCAGGCAACGACUCGUCACCAGAGCCGCGGCGAUGAGCCUCAAGGUGGCCAUGAAGGGUUGUCCCAAGGCACCAGCCGGGCAUGGACUUGCUCCGGGUGGUGUUCACCCACGGACACGCUGCUCCCCAGGGCGAAGCAGCCGGCGGGGUGGGACGGCUCCCGCAGCCGCUGAGCACCAGGAAGGAGGUCCUGGGUCUGCAGGAAGGGGACGAGAGCGGAAGGAGAAAAGAAAUUAAAGCAGGAGAGGAAUGGAGACGGUUGAAGAAGACGCACAAGUCACGGCUAGAGCAGAGGUGGUGAUUUCAGGAACUCGAGAUCCACGCUCCUGCGUGGGCUGCAGUUCUUGGUCCCUCUCUCUGAAGACGAUCACAGCGAGAGCAAGUUAAACCCAAACCCAAACUCAGCCGCGCUCCAAGGAUGAUGCAGCUUAUCGCAAGCUCGAAGCCUCGAGAGGGAAUCUCCAUGCAUCCCAAGAGCCACCUUUCCAUCAGCCCUUCCAUCGUCUCCAUUUACUCUUCACAAGAGUAACUUUCUGCUCAAGAUUCGGAUGGUUCCCUUGUACUCUGAGCCAUAGCUGGAAGGUUUUGUGCUACGGAAAAGGAAGUCCAGGGUAAUUUUUUAAGUGAGAACUGAAUAUCACAGUGCAAAGCGCACGCAGGAGUUCGGCUCUGACACUUGACACCUCCAAAACUGGGUCCUGCACGGAAGAACCCGCGGUCUCUGUGCUCAAACACUCACAGAGGAUAUUUAUUUAUUGAUUUAUUUGAUUUCUAUGCUUCCUGCCAUUGUCCUUACAUUAUUUAUCACAAAAGUCCUCCAGGGAAAAGGGAAAAUUUUGACAUUCCCUUGCAGACACUGUGUGUGAUGAGGAGGAAGAGGAAGAGAACAACCAGGGGUUUGCUGUGAUCCCAAGACCUUCUCUAUAAAGCAGAGCGGUUUCGCUUCCGCAUCGCGCCCGGGUCCGUCUGUUCUCUUGUCUCACAUCUCCGAAGCCUCCGUCUCUCUGUCCGCCCCUCUCCUGCAAAGAUGAUGCUCAAUUCAGAUCAGACGGAGAUUGACCUCCCGCCGACGCACUCCGAAUCCGAAUCCGUCUUCAGCGACUGCGGUGGUGGCCGCGCGGGCAGCGCAGAGGACGCCGGCGGCGUUGGUUUGUGCGCUCAGUCCCGGACAGCUGAGCCGGGCGAAGCCGUGAAGAAAGACCUACAGCACCUGAGUCGGGAGGAACGUCGGCGCCGGAGGCGCGCCACGGCCAAAUACCGGACAGCCCACGCCACGCGGGAGCGCAUCCGCGUCGAAGCCUUCAACAUGGCCUUUGCUGAGCUGCGGAAGCUGCUGCCCACCUUGCCGCCGGACAAGAAGCUCUCCAAGAUUGAGAUCCUCCGCUUGGCCAUCUGCUACAUCUCCUACCUGAACCACGUGCUGGAUGUCUGACCCGCCUG